AUGAAUCCUGCAUCGUACAAAGUCUACAGUGCUAGUUUCAAUGCUCAACAAGAUUGCUUUUGUGUGGCCACCGACAUGGGAAUCCGUCUGUUCAACACGCAUCCAGCCGUGCUUCUGCGGAGUUUCAGUAGAGAGAAGGUUGGCGGAGUCAAAGUAUGCAGUAUCCUCCAUAGGUCUAACAUCAUUGUGAUUGUCGGUGGAGGAAGCUAUGCGAAAUUUCCCUCUAAUACCGUAAUGGUUUGGGACGAUAAACAGCAGGAGUUUAUUCUGGAGCUCGCUGUCACUGGUGGCCCAAUUCUAAACGUUUUGCUCGCGCAUUCGAAGCUGAUAGUCUUACAAGAGAAGAGGAUUCAUGUCUUUCAAUUUCCUACUCCAUGUAAACUACUUAGGACAGAAGAAAUUCGGUUCAACCCCACUGGUCUUGCAGCUGUUAGCUGUGAUUUCAAUGGUACAACUCAAAUGUUGGCCUAUCCAGGUUUUAAGAUUGGCAGUGUUCAACUUGCAAAUUUGAACAACAUGAGCGAGUAUGCUUCUUUGUCUCCACGAGGGGUUGACGCUCAUUUAACUGAAAUCACUCAGCUUGCACUCAACAACCAAGCAACUCUUCUUGCCACAGGAUCAACUAAGGGAACAGUAAUACGGAUCUUUGACGCUAACUCUGCAGUAACUCGAUGUCUAAUGGAGUUUCGCCGCGGUGCUGACCCCUGUACACUACAUUGCCUAAAAUUUUCUCCUUGCUCCAGUUUUUUGGCAGUAUCUAGCGAUAAAGGUACUAUUCAUAUUUUUGCUGUGCGAGAUUCUGAUGAUACAAAGAGAGGUAUUUUACACAAGGUUGGUCUUACUAAAGGCGAAAAACGUAGUUCGGCUCAAAUUUCCCUCGAGCCACGUGUUCUUUCAUGCGGCUUUAUGAAAGAGGUGUUAUUUUUCAAGGGAGAACAUAUCACAUAUUAUCGCAAACGUAGUUUUAGGUUUUCUUUUGGUGAAGAUGGCUGUGCCAAGAGAGAAGGGUUUGACCAAAUAAUGCAACUUGGUGACGAGCAAGAAUUUUGGACAAAAUCCUUUUGA